AUGUCUUACAAAGAACGACCAGCCAAGCGUAUGCGGGUUAACAAUACUGGCAACCAUGAAAGUAAGAUCAGAGCAGAUGAGGUAUACUCGCCUACCGUUGAAAGCUCGAAUGCCCUAAGAACGUUUGAACGGGAAGCAUAUGAAUGUUGUUAUGGGAUGUUGAGCGAUAUCGCCGUAAAGAAACUAUGCAGUUCAGAGACGCAUUCAACUCCUAUAAACGUCGAAUUUCAUGGCCCUAAUCAUCUUUUCUCGGGUGAUGAUCAUCACUCAACUUCAUGCGACAUAUCAGAAUUUGCAUCGGCCAAGAUCAUCAAUGACUUGAUUGAAUUCGGCCAUGGUGGACACAGUCGACGGAUGAUCAAACGUUCUGAAAAAUUGCGUCGACUGUGGUUUUUGAAUGUAAUCAUUUUUGGUCCAGAACAUUUUGCUGAAAAGAUAGGGGAAUACUUAUCAAUCAGAAAAAUGUAUCUUCAAGAUCCACUUGGUUUUGUGAUGACAGACUUAUCUCUCUUGGUUCCUGGACAUCACGAUAUAGAGGAAUUAAAAUCUGGACCAGAUCUUUUAGCGCAGUUGAUGGAAGGGGAGGCUCCUUUGAGAGAGACCGAGCCACCCAAAAUUGUGAAGACUUCUUUAUUCAGGCAUCAAAAGCAAGCUCUGACUUUCAUGCUACGUCUCGAGGAAGGUUGGACUUUUGAUGAUGCAGCUUCUGACAUAUGGAGUUGGCGGAGUGAUGUUUCGGGGCGAUUCAGUUACGUAAACAACGUCACCGGAUACAGCACAUGUGAAGCACCUCCAGAAUUCCAAGGUGGUCUACUAGCAGAUGAUAUGGGAUUGGGCAAGACGCUCACCAUGAUAUGUUUGAUAGCCUCGAACCAAGCUUGCUUGGAUUAUGGAUUACCGCAGGCUCAUUCUCGUCCUUCUGAAUUGAGGCUUUCGAAUAUUUCAAAGGCUACACUACUGAUUGUACCUCCAGCAUUGAUACAAGCAUGGAAGUAUCAGUUCCGAUUACAUCUCGUACCGCAAGCACUAGCAUGCCAUAUCUACCAUGGCAACAACAAAAAAAGCAUAGAUUUUCUCAGACAGUUCGAUGUUGUCAUAACUACAUACCACACUAUUGCGGCCAUUUGGAAGCAUCACAGCGCUCAUCCAGAUGAUGAAUCUUUAUAUUCUCUCACAUGGCAUCGCAUAGUACUAGAUGAAGCUCAUAUAAUCAAAAAUCCUCAGAGCCAGCUAGCUCGAGCUUGUUGUGCUCUCAAAGCCACAAGACGAUGGGCGAUAACCGGAACUCCGAUCCAGAACAAACUUGCAGACUUCGCCAGCAUUGUAAAGUUUCUGCGCGUUUAUCCUUAUUCCGAUACAAGAACUUUUUCAGAAGAAAUUACCAAGCCAUUUAGGAAUUCAUCCUCGAUGGAUGCGAAAGGGCUUUUACGACUCAAAACACUUGUGCGCGCCAUUACCAUCAGUCGCACAAAGACAGUUGUUGAACUUCCAGCACGGGUUGACGAGAUCCACCAUCUCGAUUUUACCUCGGCUGAGCGAGAGAAGUACGAGGCCGAGAAAGUGCGAGCGAGAGUGCUACUGGAGAGACCGAUCUCUUCUGGGAAUCAGAGUGGAAAAACAUUCAAUGCGCUGUCACUACUCAACCGCUUACGUCUGAUCUGCAAUCACGGUCUAUUACAGCUUACGCCUACUACAGAUCAUUUAAUGUCUCAAGGGAGUGAUGUUGUCGCGUGUUGCUCCAUGUGCGGCGACUAUCUACAGGAAGAGAUCUUUGGUGACCCUUUUUCUUCGGGUAUUGAUAUUCAACGCCAACCAUUAUGCGAACAAUGUAUUCUUCAAGACGGAGACAAUUGUUCUCGAUCUCCGAGUAACAGUUCAAACUUCCCAGAUACAACAGAAGAUUUGAGAUCUGUGGCACCACAAAUAGCUACAGAUACUGCAUUUUCUGUCCAACAUAUGUCGACAAAGAUCAAAGCGCUUCUGGCAGAUCUCCAUAAAUACAAGAAUGCGGAGAAAAGUGUCGUGUUUUCAUACUGGACGAACACUCUUGAUCUUGUGCAAAUGAUGCUGGAUAACCAAGGAAUAAGCUACACAAGAAUUGAUGGGACGAUGUCCCUCUCCAAAAGAAAUGAGGCUUUAGGUGCUUUCAAGAACAAAGAUACUGUUGGCGUAAUUCUUGUCUCAAUCACUUGUGGUGGUGCAGGGCUCGAUCUUACCACUGGGUCGAGAGCAUAUCUUCUCGGGCCACAUUGGAACCCAAUGAUUGAAGAACAAGCUCUCUGCCGUGUACAUCGAAUUAGUCAGAACCGAAAUGUUACUACCAUUAGAUAUUUGAUGCAUGAUUCGUUUGAAGAGCAAAUUGUGUAUCUUCAAAGGAGAAAGGAGAUGCUUGCAGAUGUUACGUUUAGUCAAAAUUGCAUCUCAGAAGCUGGUGUCGAUAUGAGCAUUUUACCAUACUUGAAAUCUAUCUUGGAGUAA